AUGUUUCGUAUGAAAGAACUACACAAAGCAGUGACUCCAGGUGACAUUAGAGGAGAAGCUCUGAUAGACAUGUCUGUUGGUUGCAGCAUUCACCACCUGUUGCCAGUUUCUGAGUAUUUCAAAGAGAUCACUGUUCUAGAAUUCAGCGAUGCCUGUAUCAAGGAUCUGGAGGACUGGGUGAAAAAAGGAGACGAUGCCUUUGAUUGGUCUCAUACAUCAAAGUUUAUGAAAGAACUGCAAGCAACUGACAAAGUUUACUGUGAUGAAGUUUUGAUGUUUCCCAUGAAAGAACUGCACAAAGCAGUGACUCCAGGUGACAUUAGAGGAGAAGUUCUGAUGGACAUGUCUGUUGGUUGCAGCAUUCACCACCUGUUGGCAGUUUCUGAAUAUUUCAAAGAGAUCACUGUUCUAGAAUUCAGCGAUGCCUGUAUCAAGGAUCUGGAGAACUGGGUGAAAAAAGGAGACGAUGCCUUCGAUUUGUCUCAUACAUCAAAGUUUAUGACGGAACUGCAAGGAACAAGUGAUACGUGGGAAGAAAAGGAAGAAAAACUAAGAAAAAAAAUUAAACAAAUCUUGAAAUGUGAUUUCACCAAAGAGAACCCUACAGACCCUGUUGUAUUACCAAAAGCCGACUGCGUUCUGAGUUUAUACGUGCAAGAUAUUAUUGCCAAAGAUCAUGAAACCUACAUUAACAACCUGAAAAAAGUCUCCCGUAUGCUAAAGCCGGGGGGUCACCUGCUAUUAUUUGGUGUGUUUAAUGCAACGUUUUACACUAUUGGGGAGGACAAGUUUCAUAUUUUAAAAUAUAAUGAAGAAUUUAUGAGGAAGGCCUUUACAAUAGCGGGUUUUGUUAUUAAACACCUGGAGGUGCAGGAAAGCCAAAUGCGUAAUGAGAAUGUAAAUGUAGGGCAUGUUUUUUUUAUUAAGGCUCUUAAAAUAAAGGAGGCUGAGGUGUAG